CCUGGCUGCACCGGAUGUUGCAAUGAAGCGCAAAGCCCAGCUCCCAGACUGCUUCCGUGACAGACCGGAAGCGUUGCGGCCAACAGUGGAAGGGGUGUGUAUUGGGUAAAUAAAGACUCCACUUCUCGUCCAGACUGUCCAGUUUAUGGCCUUUGAACGUCCGGGCGGCGCUAAGAGGACCCCAUGUCGUUUCUCAUCCCUGUUAGGACUUGCUCGAUUACUGCAGCGAUUCUCCUCUUUCCGCAGCGCUGGGUGUCGGACAGGAUCCUGGUUGAUGGUUUGAGAGAACUAGAGUUUUUCGGAGACUCGCAUUUAAGGGACUCUCGAAGGAAAACCAAUGAAGCAGCGAGUGUUGAAUCCGUAGCAUCUGUUCAUGGUCCCGGCGCUAUGGGAAUCUACACCCCGGACAGCAGUUGUUACGAACUGCUAACUUUGAUAGGGAGAGGAUUUGAUGACUUGAUGACUGUAAAUUUAGCUCGUUACAGACCGAUUGGAGAAUACGCUUGUAUCAGGAGGGUGAAUUUGGAGUUCUGCACCAAUGACAUGGUUAAUUUUCUGCAGACUGAGCUCCAUGUCUCCAAGUUGUUCAACCACCCCAAUAUCCUUCCCUACAGAGCCACAUUUAUAGCUGACAAUGAGCUUUGGGUGGUAACUCCCUUUAUGGCUUAUGGUUCAGCCAAAGAUCUUAUCUGUACUCACUUUACAGAUGGGUUGAGUGAGCUGGCAAUCGCAUACAUCCUUCUAGGAGUGCUAAAAGCUUUGGAUUAUAUCCAUCACAUGGGAUACGUUCAUAGGAGUGUGAAGGCAAGUCACAUUCUUAUCUCUCUGGAUGGCAAGGUCUACCUCUCUGGCCUGCGCAGCAUCCACAGUAUGAUAAAUCAUGGGCAGCGUCUUAAGGUGAUACACGACUUUCCCAAGCACAGUGCCAGGGUCCUUCCCUGGCUGAGCCCGGAGGUCCUGCAGCAGAACCUACAGGGGUAUGACGCCAAAUCUGAUAUCUACAGUGUGGGAAUCACAGCAUGUGAGCUUGCUAAUGGCCACGUACCGUUUAAGGACAUGCCAGCCACACAGAUGCUACUGGAAAAGUUGAAUGGCACAGUCCCCUGCCUGCUGGACACAGCCACCAUUCCAGCCUCGGAGCUGACUAUGAAAACAUCCCGUUCAGGAGCAGACUCUGGUAUUGGAGAGGGAACGUCUAGUCGUCCUUCCAACGGGGAACCAUCUAUGCAUCCUUAUAACCGCAGCUUUUCCCCUCAAUUCCACAACUUGGUGGAGCAGUGUCUACAGAGAAACUCUGAGCUGAGGCCGAGUGCAGGCACCCUCCUCAAUCAUUCCUUCUUCAAACAGAUAAAACGCAGAGCAUCAGACGCCCUCCCAGAACUGCUUUGUCCUGUGUCGCCAAUCACCAGCUUUGAAUCAACUCUGAACUCCCAGUCAGUUCUAGAAGCGGCGUCUGGUUUGGAGCAACUAGCUAUAGAGGACUGGGACUUCUAGGGGCAAAAAAGGAGAAAUUCAGAACCUGUUCAUGUUUACACUGCACGCAUCCCAAACGUUUCAUUGGGAAUGGGUGCAAGAGGGUUAACCCUUUCACUUACACUGCUUAGGAGUUUGUACACCUCCAUCGGCUAUGGUGAAAACUCUUUAAGCCUCAGCACUAGAACUCUCUCACUUUUUUUUUUGUACAUUUCUGUCCCGUUGCCUGUGCUUGAUGACCGGUGUAUUUAAUCCCCCUGUUUUUGUAUGCCGACAGAGUGUGUUAAAGAGCAACUCCGCCCUGAGCAAGAUUUGUUUUUGUUUCCAUUUAUUUUGUGGAAUCUGAACAAUUGUGUCAGAACCUCUCAUUAAGCUGGGUCUGUGUUAAUAAUUAGGCAAUUAAUUUGCAACCGCGGUCGCUGCUGGGCUCGUUGGUUUUGGAAAUCUAGAAUGGAAAUUAACAGCAGGACCUGCAGCAUGUUUCUCUCCAGCCGAUCCUAAACUGGGAGCAGGGUCAGAAGUAAAGGGCAAUGCAGUUAGGCCACCAGCUAAAUAUAUUUUCACACCAGUGGGGCCUAAGGCAAAAAGACUGUCUCUGCCCUAAGCCUGGUUCUGAUUGGAAGCUGCAGUUUUGUGGAUUAAAGAGAAGUUACCCCUCAUUUAUCAUAUUCCUGAGGUCUCUGGGUGGAGCAGACCAGCCAAGUGCCUGGCUUUUAAACCAGUGACAGUUACCGUAUGUUUUCUUCAGGCCCACCUGUGUAAGUUUGGAAUUGACCAUACACGUUUGGAUAAACCUUGUGUUUUAAUAUAACUGAUUUCCAUUCAUGUUUGAACUGGCAUGUGAUGUUCACAUUGCACGGAAAUAAGACACUUUAUAGAGCUGCGUUGCCCUUUUGUCUUUCUUUUGAUCCAAUGUGAGUUUCCCAAAAGAUCCUUCUAGAACACCUUCUUCCAUUGAACUUUAUGCAGUGCACCUCCUGCCCCUUAAUAUUGAUAAGCUGUGUCACUAUCCAGUGAUGCCAUGUGUGAAUAGAGUAGGUUGAACUAACAUUGUAGGCGCACGGGGCAGGCUUGGUUGCAUUAACUCAAAUCCCAGGGCUGGAGGUGGCCUACAUCUGAACCCAUGAUCGGAAGGGUUUCGGUGAUGAGCCUGAGUUAUGUAUACCCAAUGGAAGAAGAAGGCAUUUGUUCCUGUCUCAUAUAAAUCUCCCCGCCCUCCAGAAUUGGCAACAGCACUGGCAUGUUGGUCUUAUGUUUAUAAGCUGGAGAUACUCUGUUACACGCAUUUUGUUGCCAAAGGAAUAAAUUUUAAAUAUUUCACUA